AAAGUCCGAGCAUCGGGACAGCACUGGCGAGUCAGCCCUCCGUCGAAUCGCUGUCCCCGGAUAUCGAAUCGGAUACCCCGGUCUUCGAAGAACAAAGGCGCAAAAGCAGAACAUAUUAGCGCAUGGGGUUUGUCCUAUCAUGAAUGCUGAUUCGGUUCUGGGUCUCCGGUACACCAUCUCCGCAUCUCGCUUGUCCGAUUCCAAAUUCUCCCCUCCGAGACAUGGUCGCAUGUCUACUCGACUCUUCUGCGUACCCUUCUCGUCAUGCUGAACCCUGAUUCUCCUCCUUCGCCGACCUCCAUAGGGAGGAAACGUCCGCAUCCGCCUACCGAACCUGCCUCCGUCCCGCCAGAGCCGUCGGCGCAAUCUCACCAGCAACAACAGUCAGCCACUGACGGCCCUGCGACUCAGUCCGCCUCCACCGCCGCCGCCCCCUCGACCUCCAAUUCAUCCUCGUUCCGGAAUGUCUCCGCAUGUAAUCGCUGCCGUCUACGGAAGAACCGAUGCGAUCAGAGGCUGCCGCGAUGUCAGUCCUGCGAGAAGGCUGGCGUCCGAUGUGUCGGAUAUGAUCCGAUAACGAAACGCGAAAUCCCUCGCAGUUAUGUCUACUUUCUUGAGGCCCGUGUGGCGUAUCUGGAGAAGGUAUUGAUAGACCAUCAGAUAUCCUACAAAGACCCUGUCGCCUUCGACGAGGAGGAAGCCGUGAAAAUCGAAACUGGGAUUGAUACUGCGCCGGCCCCGGUAGUUGGCUCAGAAGGCUCGGUUCCGGCAACCGGUGAUGGAGCCAGCGGCUCGGAUAAUAACGAAAAGUGGGUGAAAAAGGAGAAGGAUGGACUCGUGCUAAGAAGAGAAGAGAGCGAUCCCACUGGUCAGACUUCGGAGAACAACAACCAGGACUCGCAAAAGGAAGACAAUUGGCGCAUACAUAAUCUGGUUUCGAACAUAGGCAUGGUGUCUGUGCAGGGAACCUCUGAUCCCCGAUAUCUGGGCUCUACCUCUGGUAUUUCGUUCGCUCGCGUGGUUUUUGCCGCCGUCAAGAGUUCCGUGCCAGGGAAUGUUGCAGAGCGCGGGCCAAUGCGCCCGAAUGAACGUUUGCCGCAUAGUGCUACGGGGACAGGUGGAAGUAGCAUGCGUGAUUCCUUCUUUGGAUUACAGACCAGGUCUAUGAUGAAAUGUGCUGCAUUCCCGGAUCGAGAAUUGGCUGAGAGGCUGUCCAAUCUCUAUUUCGAGCAUGCGAAUCCACAAAUGCCCAUUCUGCACCGGGCUGAUUUCAUGGAGAUGCUUGAUCGUACAUACUCGCUAGAUGAAAAGAACCGCUCCCCUCGCAGUCUUUACAUUCUCAAUAUUGUAUUUGCCAUUGGUGCUGGAAUUAUAUUCGAGGACAAGCCAUCCUCUGAUGAGAAGGAAGAUGGCCGCGAGCAUUCUCCUUCAGCUUCAUCCAAGCGACCCCGGCUUUCAAGCCAUCAGCACCAGCCGGAAGAGUAUCAUGCCUCUGCAAUCAUCCAUCUGGAGUCUUUCCUGGGUAACACUGCAUCCGGGGAUGGGUCUGGAGCUCUGGAGGAACUACAGGCUGUGCUUCUCCUCGCUAGUUUUGCCCUUCUGCGACCUGUGGCGCCUGGUCUCUGGUACAUUGUUGGUGUGGCAAUGCGGCUGGCAGUCGAUCUUGGCUUGCAUUACGAAGAUGGAACCGACAUUGACACGCUCGGGGAGGAAUCGAUAAACCGCACAGCCGGGAAGAGAGCAGAGAAGUCUAAAGCGCGAAUCGACCACCGCGAGCUUGGACGCCGGGAAUGGGUACGCGACCUGCGCCGCCGGUUGUGGUGGUGCGUUUACAGCUUCGACCGUUUAGUCAGUUGCUGCGUCGGCCGUCCGUUUGGGAUCAGCGAUCAAGCCAUCAGUACUGAGUUUCCAUCUCUGCUAGAAGACAAAUACAUCACUAAGUCGGGAAUUGUGACUCCUCCCGAGGGUGCUCCGAGUUAUAAGCACUCCGCGCAUCAUUACUUCAAACUGCGUCUGUUGCAGUCCGAAAUCCAAGAUGUGCUGCAGCAUCAGCAAGCCCGGUUCGUUCGACAGAGAGCCCCAUCUGUGGGUAGACGACAUAUUCGCCCCGACAUCUCCUCCCCUUUCCUUCAAGGCUUCGAUUCGUUCCGUUCGUGGCGUAGAGACGUCCACCGGCGGCUUGUGGAGUGGCAGCAAAGUGCGCCCACGCGUCGCGAUACUGGAGUCAGAUUUCCUAUCGAGUUCCUCGAGUUGAACUACUGGCAAGCGGUGAUUAUGCUUUAUCAGCAAAGUCUGACUGUGCCGGCUGAAUUGGCGGAUGAGAUGAUGCCGGCCGAGGAUGUGUCAAGCCCGUCCUUCUCUAACGUGGAUGAGGCAGAAGAUGAAGAUGAUAUCUACUAUAAGGUGGCAGAGGCUGGACAAAAAGUGAUCCGUAUAUAUCGUCAGAUGCACCGGGUUCGGUUGGUCAAUUACACGUAUUUGGCUACUCACCACAUCUUCAUGGCGGGCAUUUCCUUCUUGUACGCGAUCUGGCACUCUCCGUUGGUGCGCAGCCGUCUGACCCUCGACGAAGUGGACUUCACCGUCCUUGCAGCCACAUCCGUACUUGGAGAUCUCAUGCACAAGUGCCCGCCUGCAGAGGCCUGCCGUGAUGCCUUUGAACGUAUGAGCAAAGCUACGGUUCAGAUGUGCUUGUCCACCACCGGAUUCGGCUCCCAAGUAGAUCUAACCCAGGCACCGACCCGGAGCACACAACGACCGACAAAUGCGCCACACCCAGACCAGAGCAGACCAUAUGGGAGGUAUGUGCAGGACCCCCGACAACGUGUGCCGGCCCGACGACAGGGCCAGGGCCAGGGCCAGGGCCAACCGCGGCCAUCGCGACCAAUGCCACGGUUCGACAUGAACCUCGGGGACCUCUUCAACGACAACACGGCCGUCCCAGAACGCCCCAACAGUGGACCUAGACUGCCAGGACCCUAUCCCGUCCGACCAGACUUCCCCGAAGCCUCUACCCCUACACCCACGUUCCCUCCCGAUCGGACGAUGCGGCCGCAUCCCCCGCGUACCCCAUCAAUGGAAUACUACCCUCCCUAUGAGACCACCGUAUCUCCACAGCCCCAACUGCACCAGUCAUACUACUACGGCAACUCCCCUCAACAGAGCGCGUCGCCAAACAGCGUCAACGCGAACCCACCCGCCACCCACUAUCAUACCCCGGAGAACGAGCACCCACCUUCCGGUUUGAGCCUAGAUUUUCUCGACUUCGACCCCACGGCCGCUGAAGGCAGCCACAUGGCCGGCGGAUCGGACGGACAGGGUGAAUAUGAAAUCCAGGCGAUGCCGUCAUUGGGACAUGGUGUGGGCCACAGCGUCGGGAUUGACCUGGGCUUCGGCAUGGCGAUGGAUUUCCAACAUGAUUGGAGCGAGAACGCCAAUUACGACAUUUUAGAAGGUUACUUUUUCGGUGGGGCGGGGAACGGACCAUCUGGGGAAACUCAGUAGAUUUUCUUUUACUCCAUGUGGUGGAAGACAUGAUGA